UCGUCUAUUAGUUCGUUCGGUGACUCGCUCGCGUUCGAACCUUCUUUCGAUAUUUUUUUCCUCCCUUCCGCGAUGUCGGCAAGUUAUUCGUGAUGAUUUCUCGAUGACGAGGUUACGUCGCUCUCGGACAAAUCCUCGUCGAAACCCGUAUCCGAGACCUUUGGUUUGAAAAAGAUAUUCCGUUCUUUUCAGCCUCCAACGGUCCCGAUUUUGACCUUGUUCAUUUCAUCCAAAUCUCAAGGUCUCGCAACCCCGCCGUGGAAUUAUUAGCUCUUCUCGCCUUCGUUCAACUCCAAACAAAUUUUUCUCUCCCGCCGUCAGUCGAGAGUCGAUUUACUAUCGGCGGGAAAACGGUGAAAAAAGUAGUGACACCAAUUCGAGUGUGAGACAAAAAAUUGAGAGAAAAAUGUUUUCUCCGGCGAUGUUCGAAAUUUUUGGCCACAUUUUUCUCUCCAUUAAUUAAAAACAAAUCGAUCAAUAAAAAAAAAACCGAAGGAUUCUUAUGAAAAGUUUACGUUCAAACAUCGUUUUCAAUUCGCAAUAAUACAUUUUCUGGGAAUCAUCAAACUACAGAAUCAUCCUGAAUACGAAACCACGUGAUUUGGGAAAAGUUUCGACGAGUCCAUCGGCUUACCGAUGUCGGCAACAAAGAUCAUCGAAAACCCUAUUUCGAAAGUUUGAAUAAAGAAGUAAAAUUGGCGUGAAAUCCGUCCGACCUACAAAUAACCACAGGAAACUCAUCGGUCCGUUGAGACACGAGUUUUUAACGUUUGCGAUCGUUCCUCGCGCCCGAAUAAACUCUUGUUUGUGAUGAUUUCAGCUUGAACGCGCGAUUUAAAUAAAAACUGGCUGCCUGAUCUCCGCGUCGAUCGAACUUUUGUUUCGCUACGAUUACUCAAGUUCUGGAUUGGGAAGUGACGUUUGAAAAUCGGCAACGCGCAUGUUCAUAUUCGGUUCACGGGACAACAUGUCGUCGGGUCGUCAAGCCACGGCAAUGACGAACUCGACGACCGCGAACACGCCACGACGUAACCGUUACGCGCGUUCUUCAACGACAAGCGUGACUCAAUUACUCUCAGAUUCGUGCAGCAGUUUAUUGCAACGUUUAACGACCAGGGUACGUGGUCCAUCGUCUACGACCGAUCGAACAACUUUGAGGAGAUCUCCGCUGACGAGCCACCUGAGUACAGCGAGAAACCGCCUGGAGGACAGAUACACGACUUUUUUGGAUCGUUACACGACGAAAAAACGUCACGACGAUAAUGUCUGCAGCAAUAAUAACAACUACAAACGUCGAGAGGAUCGUGAGCACAGUUAUCACAAACGAGAGGACAGUCCUUACGUUCGCGAUGACAAGACUCUCGAGCCAUCGUUACCACGCGCCACCGCUAAAACGUCAACAUACGUUUUGCUCAGCGAAAAAGCUUAUCCGUACGUCAGUUCGACCACCGGUCGCGAAAUAAGACGAGAAAAAACUCCUGCCUAUCACAGACACGAUCGCCAGGCGCUCGUUAAUUCGGAGGCUUAUCGACGUUACGGUAGACACAAAUCCGGCCAUGCCGAAACGAGAAAUCGGAAAGUUCGUCCCUUGCAUCGUAGCGGCAAAAGCGAACAACCCGAUUCUUCGUCCACCACCUCGCAAAUAUCGCGCUCUCGGAAUUAUCCCGGUGACGGUACGACGAGAAAGAGUCCCGAUAAACGCGAGAACAACAAAGUUGAUUGCGACAAAACACCGAUCGUCGUUAACGAAAUAACCAGUGUCAAGGAUUUGCCCAAUGACGAAGCUCUCACCGAGAGAGAAGCUAAAAGGAAAGAAAUUCAAACCCUCAUUGCCAAAUAUUCAGCUAUCGAUGAAGCUUCCGGUAGUGCGAACGGAUCUGCCGUUGAACAAAAACCAAGCACUGCCGAUAUUAUUGCCAGCAAGUAUCGAAGAAAUACCUCGAAAAUUUCGAAAUCGCGACACGAUACGAAAAAUAUUGAUGCUAUUACCAGUGCGAUUAGUCCACGAGCGCCUUCCGUCGAGGAUGACGAAGACGGCCAUCUUGUUUACCAAUCCGGCGACAUCCUGGCAAAUAGAUAUAAAGUAUUGGCCACCCUAGGAGAGGGUACUUUUGGAAAAGUCGUCAAGGUUAAGGAUUUGCAAAUGGAUCAUGUGAUGGCGUUGAAAAUUAUAAAAAACGUGGAAAAGUAUCGCGAAGCUGCGAAACUCGAGAUUCUCGCUCUCGAAAAAAUAUCCAGUAAAGAUCCUGAAGGCCAACACUUGUGCGUAAAGAUGUUGGAUUGGUUCAAUUAUCACGGUCACAUGUGUAUUGCCUUUGAAAUGCUCGGUCUUAGUGUCUUCGACUUCUUGAGGGAUAACAAUUAUCAGCCAUAUCCUCUGGAUCAUGUGAGACAUAUAGGCUAUCAGCUUUGCUACGCUGUCAAAUUUCUCCACGAUAACAAACUCACGCACACGGAUUUAAAACCAGAGAACAUACUUUUCGUUGAUUCGGAAUUCGAUACAAUUUGGAAUACAAAGAAGAAAUUUAUACUUUUCAAGCGAAAGGAGAGACGCGUGAAGCGUACCGACAUAAGGCUGAUCGACUUUGGUAGCGCAACUUUCGAUCACGAGCAUCACAGUGCGAUCGUGAGUACGAGACACUACAGAGCACCGGAAGUUAUUCUCGAGCUUGGAUGGUCUCAACCAUGCGACGUUUGGUCAAUCGGUUGCAUACUCUUCGAGCUCUACUUGGGCAUAACGCUCUUUCAAACUCACGACAAUCGCGAACAUCUCGCCAUGAUGGAACGCAUAUUAGGCACAAUUCCUCAUCGUAUGGCAAGAAAGACAAAGACAAAGUACUUUUAUCAUGGAAAAUUAGGCUGGGAUGAUAAAAGCUCAGCUGGAAGAUAUGUUCGAGAUAACUGCAAACCUCUCAACCGCUACAUUCUCUCUGAUGACGAUGACCAUCGGCAGUUGUUUGACUUAAUCCAAAGGAUGCUGGAUUAUGAGCCCAGUCAACGUAUCACACUGAAGGAUGCUUUGACUCAUCCGUUUUUCGAUUCGUUACCAGUGUCCCAGAGAUUACCGGAUCUUCGUGCCGCUGGUGAUUCUCAACAGAGUCACGAACGUUCGCACUCACUCUCUCGAUGAAGCUAGGAGAGGGACCGACUUCCCUACUGGACAGACACAUCCGAAACGCCCAAGGCACUAACAUACUACCAUGUUGAUAAUUUCUCACGAGUUAUGGCCCGUAAUUGUUUAAUUCGUCGACACGAAAUUCGAUGACAUUUUUGAUUGGGGAAAACUAUGAGAACUUCUAAAGCCACAAACGAAACGAAAAUCUGUUGGCGAAAAUGAAGGAUGAAAAUAUUACACGAUGAUACGUACGUGGCGUAAAAAAAAAACAUCGAUGUGUCUGCUCAGCCAAGCGUAACCGCGUCCCCCUCAUAAUUAUAAAACAUUUUAUAAUGCUCUUCUGUACAUUUUAUCCGUUUAUUUUAUUACGAUAUUACACGAUGAAACAAAAAAAAAUCAUUUGAAAUAGACAUCAACGGUGGUUGUGCUCUGUUUAUUGUCAUAAUCGCACGUCGUAAUUUGUACAUUGAAUUCAAAUAACUCGAAGCGAGUAAAAUGAACGAGUCUAGAAAAAAAGAAAAAUUUACUUCAUUUUUUGCCUUUCCGCCACCGAACGUGUGAUAUUACUAAGAUUAUUCAAGUGCUGAAGCAUUAUUCAAAUUAGGUUAUAAAAAUUAAGAAUACGUCGUGAAAACGAGAUAUGAGAAAGAGAGAGUGAGAGAGAGAGAACGCAAGCGAAAGAGAGAAAGAGAGUAAAUUUAGAGAUAGAGCGAGAGUGAGAAAGUGUGAUUUUGCUUUGAAUAUUUUGUCAUUAACAGAUUCGGAGUCGUGUCUAUUGAGUCGAGGCCAGAAUUUUUUCUCAACUACAUAAAUAACUUUUGAUGAAAAAUUGUAGAUUCUGAAGCUUCAUUUCAUACUUUUUCCAAAUUCUCGCUCGAAAUAGUUUCGGUUAUUUUUUGAAGGAACGAAAAAAAAUGAAGAAACGUACGGACAAGAAAUUAAUUUUUUUUUGGUUUCAAUAAAAAAAGUUAUCCAUAAAUAAAUACACCAGUACAUGACGAAACAACUCGAGCCGUAUUUUACUGUAGUUUUUCAUUCUGUAAAUAUAAAAAAGAAAAAAGUAGCCGCAUACGAAUAUCAUGUGUAACACAAUUGCCUCUCACUCCACUUUGCCCCACCAACGUAUUUGUCGAGUACGUGUAAAUUUGGUUUUAAUUUCUGCGGAAAGAAAUGGAUAUGGUUCGUUUCACCUUCGAACGAUGCGAUAUUAUGUACACUCGUAAAAUUACGAGAUUUCAAAUUUUAAAACAUUCAGUUUUAACGCGAACGAAAUGGAUAAAAUAGCUGUUUUUCAAAAGAAUUUAAAAAAAAUGGCAAUAAAUACAUCCUUUUAAACGAAUAAAAACAACUGCUCACA